AUGGCGGAUAUCAAGUUUUUUGCGGAAAAUCCAGCGAACGACCUGUUCACUGAUGACGAAGAUGUGGAGUCUUCAUUUACUCAGCCCUUCUCUUCUCAACCACAUACUUCUCCUACUGAUGGCGAUAUCCCCUUAAAGCGACGCAAACUUACUAGGGGCAAACAGAAGAUCCCCAUUUCUUUUAUGCAAGAUCGUGUGCGACGUUGUUCAACUUUUUCAAAGCGCAAAACCGGUCUCAUGAAGAAGGCAUUUGAGUUGGCUGAACUUACAGGGGCUGAGGUACUUCUGCUUGUCGCUUCGGAAACCAAUCAUGUGUACACAUUUACAACAAAUCGCCUGAAAGCGAUCAUAGACUCGGACCAGGGAAGGGAGUUGAUCCAGUCCUGCCUUGGUUCGCGCGGUCAAACUACCACAUCUUCACUAUCGUUGCCGUCCUUGCCACCGGCCUUGGGACAGCAGCAGCCCAACCAGUCUCGUGUUGAUGAGAAUAGCCAAGGCGAUGAUAGGCUGGCAGCUACAGAGACGGAACCCCAAACCCUUUCAAUCCACAUGAUUGAUGGCUCCUUGCUCCACUUACCAGUCACCUUUCCGGGUGGAUCAGACUUGGUGUUACCCUUUUUGCCCACAGGGGACGUGCGCUCUCGACAAAUGGCAGAAAAACCUGUUGCCCCACCGGCGUGCCUAACCGCUACGAACGUUGAAGAUCAACCUCAGACCCCUGCAACGACUGGGAACAGUGCAGUGAUACAGUGA